AUGUCUACCAAACAUUACUUUCCUUCUACAAGUGCCAAUUCAUUGGUGCCGAGAGCCUUGAGAGCUCUUGUAUCGGCGAAUGAUCAUUUGGUACUGAAUGACGCAGAGAGAGUUGUCGGUAAUGCUUUCCAUGAUGAUUCAAAGGUUAGCAUAAUCGGUGGAGGUGGCUCGGGACAUGAGCCCGCGUGGAGUGGUUAUGUUGGUGAUGGACUGCUCUCGGCUGCGGCAUGUGGUGAUAUUUUUGCGUCGCCGAGUGCAAAGCAGAUUCUGACUGCUAUCCGCAUGGCACCUUCGAAGGAAGGUAUCAUAUUGUUGAUCACAAACUACACUGGCGACCGUCUGCAUUUCGGCCUUGCCGCUGAGAGAGCAAAGGCCGAAGGGCUGGUUAAAAACAUCAUCCUCUUACCCGCCACGGACGAUGUUUCCAUUGGAAGAAGUAAGAAUAGCCAUAUGGGAAGGAGAGGAUUACCAGGUCAUAUUUUCACAAUGAAGAUUAUCGGGGCGGCGGCCUCGGAGGGAUACUCGUUUGAGAGUACUCUUGAACUCGGAAGAGCAGUCAAUGCACAGACUGUCACUAUUGCUUCAGCACUUGAUCACUGUCAUGUACCAGGUCGAGACCAGCAAUCUUCGGUCCCUGACGAUGUUUGCGUCGUUGGUGCUGGCAUCCACAACGAACCCGGCCAACUUGUCCUGAAUCCAGCUCCGUCUGUGGAGGAGCUUAUCGAGCGCUGUCUUAAGCUUCUUUGUGACGAAACCGAUGCAGAGCGGGGAUUUGUCAAGUUUGAACAAGGUGAUGAGGUCGGUCUCCUAGUAAACAAUUAUGGAGGUCUUUCAGUUCUCGAGGCAUCCGCUCUGACGGAUGAGAUUCAAAUUCAAUUAAGCUCACGGUGGGGAAUUUCACCGUGUAAGACAUUCUCUGGUCUAUUUGAAACGUCUCUGAACGCGCCUGGAUUUUCAAUUUCCUUGUGCAACCUCACCGCUGCAGCUCGACAAUCAAACGAAUCUGCCUCGACCUUAAUCCGAUACUUGGACAGUGCCACGAGCGCCGUGUCCUGGCCGAACACGACGCGUCCCUCUCAUUCUCAGCAAAAGACUGCCGUCGCGCACACAAACGGACACACAAACGGACACCAUGUUGAGCAUGCGUCGAUCGGCAUGGACCCUUCACUACUGGAGAAGGCCAUCCGCACAUCAUGCGAAAACGCAAUUACAGCCGAGCCAAAGUUGACACAGUGGGAUAUGGUGAUGGGAGAUGGAGACUGCGGUGAGGCUGUUAAAGCUCUAGCCGAAUCGGUCUUAUCUAGAGUUAACUCCGGCUGUGCUAAAUCUGGCAACGUGCUUGAUGUUAUUCAAUCAAUUUUGAAGUCCGUUGACGACAUGGGCGGAACCCUCGGAGCAAUUCUUGGUAUUCUUUUGUCUGCUCUUGUGACGGCUUUGAUGAAGAAUCUCAAUGAUGGCAAGAUCACCCCGAACACGCCAAGUUUCUAUGCCACUGCGCUUGCAUCAGCGGUGACAGCAUUGAAGUCGCAUACGGGUGCCAGAGAAGGUGAUAGAACUGUCAUGGAUGUUUUGCUCCCAUUCAAUGAUGAAUUUUCACGCUCGGGCAACUUUGUAUCAGCUGUAGGUAUUGCUGCAGAGAAGGCAGAGGGCACGAGGUACCUUCAAGCAAAGUUUGGUCGUGCGACGUAUGUUGGAGAGGCAUCGGGCCAGGAAUUACCAGAUCCAGGAGCCUGGGCUUUGUACGAGAUUGUCGCUGGUUUGGCUCAGGGGCUUGGACUCCCUGUGCCGAAUUAA